CAUCUCCCAACAGUGAUGAUGAUGAUGGUGAGUGAUGACUGCCUGGUGGAUUGUCAGAUUGAUGAUGACGAAGAGGAAGAAAUUAUUGAGGUCCCCCCUCCCCCAGAGUUUGCGUCCACCCCUCCGACCCCAUCCCCUGUCUCCUCCUCCCCCACGCCUCCCGUCUCCUCCCCCUCCACGCCUCCCAUCACCUCCCCCUUGAAGAACAGAGACCCCCACGGCAUCAAUCAACACCUGCAGGUGGACUUCAGCGGUGUCCUGGCAGAGCCUGCAGAGGUGCACAGUGCAGACAGGGUGUGGCUGUGGAGCGUGCUCAGCUGGGAGCUGGUCAGGCUGUGGAGCUACCGCUGCCUCUCCCUGCUCUGUGGCCUGCCUCUGGCCCUGCUGGCUGGCUGUUUGCUCGCCUUGCUGGCCUGCCUGCACAUCUGGUGUGUGGCUCCGUGUGUGCAGGUGUGCCAGUCCUGUCUCCCAUGUGUGCGCUGGGUGUGGACGUGUGUGGUGGACAUCUUCAUCUCUCCCUUCUGUUCCUCCCUGUCUCGCUGCAGCGAUCACAUUAGCAUUUCACUGGCCAAGGAGUACUGAGGGAGCGGCAGAAUGUGUGAUUCUGUGUGAGGGAGAGAAUGCCGAUGCCAGGAAUCUGCUUGUCAAGUAUGAGUGAAUGAACUAGAAUGUGCCUGACUUAAUAUGACUUGUUUUAUCUAUACUUAUGUCUGUUUUAAUUCUGUCAAUAUUUUGUACUGUUGGAAUAAAUCUAAUGAAGGCUAACACA